AUGCGAUCUUUUUUAAUAGAUGCAGAUAAAAGGGGAGCAAGCAGUGCCGGAGAGGAAACUUCGCUGACACAAGUGAAGAACACAGCAUAUGAUGUUGAAGAUGUUAUUGAUAUGUUCAUGUAUCACAUCAAUAGCCACCACAUUGGGGGUCGAUUUGCUUGGUUCCUUCACCGCACAAUUUAUAUUCCAGAGACUAUUUGCGUGAGGCAUAAAAUAGCCAGCAAGUUACAGAAAAUCAAUAAUACAAUCAAGACCAUUUCAGAGUUAAAUCAGAAAUAUCAUGAUAGUCACAAAUGGGUUGUGCGGCAUGCUGAAUCAUCUUUGUUUGUUGAAGAAGAUGAACUUGUAGGGGUCAAAGAUAAAAGAAAACAAUUAAAGACGUGGUUGAAGGAUAGAGAACAACAGACUGUCAUUUCAAUCCUCGGGAUGGGAGGAUCUGGCAAGACCACCCUAGUUGCCAGCACCUACAACAGUGACGCUGUAAAGAGACAUUUUGAUUGCUAUGCAUGGAUCACUGUCGCCCAAACAUAUGAUGUAGAAGACUUACUGAGGAGCAUGAUUACGGAAUUCUAUGAGUCAAGGAAGGAAACAAAUCCAUCAGACUUGAGUUCCAUGAACUACAGACUGUUAGUAGAAAUGCUGGUGAGCUGCUUAGAGAAGAAGUCAUAUCUUCUUGUCCUAGAUGAUGUUUGGGACACAAAUGUCUUGGACGAACUAAAAGUAUCACUUCGAGAGAGAUAUCCUGGGAGCAAAAUCAAGAACAAAUUCUGGAGCAAAUCCAGGAGCAAAAUCAUCCUUACAACUCGUAAAGAUGAUGUAGCUCGCCAUCCUUUUAUUGGUAUACCUUAUGUUCAUCAUAUUCAAUUGCUAGAACCGGAAGAGGCGUGGGAACUCUUUUGCAAGAAAGCAUUCUUAAGCAGUCCAAACAGAAGCUGUCCGCCAGAGCUUGAAUGUUUUUCUAAAAAACUUGUGGGAAAAUGCCAAGGCCUACCUCUUGCUAUAGUGGCUUUGGGCAGUCUUAUGUACUCCAAGAAUACGUCUCAAUGGAAUCAAAUUUAUAGUAGCUUGAAUUGGGAUCUAAGUAAAACUCCUGAGCUAGAAGCAGUGAAGAGCAUUUUGUUGCUUAGUUUCAACGAUUUACCAUAUCAAUUGAAGCAUUGUUUCUUAUAUUGCUCUAUUUUCCCUGAAGAUCAUGAGAUUCGAAGAAAAAGGCUCAUUAAGCUGUGGAUGGCAGAAGGAUUUGUGGAAAAAGUUGAAGGGUCCACUCUAGAAGAAGUAGCAGAUAGCUAUCUAGUAAAACUCACUUUCAGGAACAUGCUUCAAGUUGUAAAGAGGAAUGAAUUUGGAAGGCCACAGAGAUGCAAAAUGCAUGAUCUUUUGCGAGAGCUUGCUCUAUCAAUAUCAGUCAAAGAAAAGUUCGGUGUUGUACAUGAUGGAGGAGAAGAAAUGAAAGAAUGCAGAGCACGCCGCAUUUCAAUUCACAAAACAGAUGGAGAACUCAAAUCAUUUACAAAUAUGUCAAAGAUUCGCUCUUUUCUUGUUUUUAACAAGACGUUGAAAACAUUGCCUUUAGGAAGUAAAAUGUUAAGGGUUCUAGAUUUGGAGGAUGCCCCCAUUGAUGAAUUGCCUGAUGAAGUAUUCCAAUUAUUCAACUUAAGAUAUUUGAAUUUAAGGGGAACCUUACUUAAGAAGCUCCCAAAUUCUAUAGGAAAGCUCCUUAAUCUUGAAACCUUGGACAUUGGGGACACACAAAUAAAGACCCUUCCUCGUGGAAUAGGAAAGUUGCAAAAGUUGCGGCAUCUAAUUAUGUACUAUCGCUACAUUGGAAACUCGAAUGACUUCAAAUGUUUUACAGGGAUGCAAGUACCAUCAAAUAUCACUCAGUUAAAGAAUUUGCAAACUAUGGGUACUAUUGAAGCAGAUGAUGACUUGAUAAGACAAAUUCGAAGCAUGACCCAAUUGACCACAUUCGGUAUUUCAAAAGUGAAAGCAGCAAAUGAGACGGAUUUAUGUAUCUCAAUUCAAAACAUGACAAGUCUUAGGAGCUUGGGUAUCAUGGUAACUAAUGAGGAGGAAACUCUCAGAAUGGAUGCACUCUCAUCUCCUCCUCCCAACCUUCGAAAGCUUAUUUUGACUGGAAAACUAGAGAAGGUGCCACAAUGGUUUUGUUCACUUCAAAGCCUCACAAAUUUGCAAUUGCAUUGGUCAAGACAAGAAGAAAAUCUACUCCCUUACAUCGCUGCUUUGCCCCAUCUGGGACUUCUUGUACUUAUUAAUGCCUAUGUUGGACAACAGCUAUGUUUCAGUACAGGCUUUCUUAAGCUUACAAGAUUGGAAAUUCGUAAUUUGCCUCCAUUGAAUGAGAUAAUAAUAGAAAAAGGGGUGAUGUCAAAUCUGAAAUCCCUAGAGAUUGACAGCUGCAUGGAGUUAAAGACAGUGCCCAAGGGCAUUGAAUACCUUAAAAAUCUUCGACAACUGGAUUUGAAAUCUGUCUCAAUGGAACUUAAAAAUCGCAUUGAGAGAGAAGGAAGAUUAGAUUUUCCAAAGGUGAAGCGCAUCCCAAAGGUGUACAUCUGCCUUUUCAGAUUGAUGGAGGAGUUAGCUAAGUCUUGGAGUUGUCUUACUCUCUCGGACGUGGAGGUUUCUAAAGUUAGUAUCACAGAGGAAGAAGCAAUACCAGAGUUCGUACUUGCAGCAAAGUUUCUCACUAAGAGGGCUCUGAAUGUGGAGGCUAUUGCCAAAACUUUUACACCCAUAUGGAGGAUGAAAAACGGGUUUAGGGUGACAAAGGAGAGUGACCACGUGGUGCUCUUUACUUUCGAUAACAAAACUGAUCUGGAGCAAGUUCUUAAUACAGAACCAUGGAGCUUUGAUAAGCACCUUAUGGUUCUGCAUAGGUACACGAACUACCAGUUCGGUUUUGAACAAGGGCUGUGGCAGAAAAGAUUUGUGGCGCUGCUGGUGUGGGGUCGUGUGGUUUCUUUGGAAAAUGGGAAGGAAAUCUGGGUUUCUUUUAAAUAUGAGAGGCUGUCAAACCUGUGCUACUGGUGCGGCAAUCUCACACACGAUGACCGGGAUUGCGAGGUGUGGAUUGAGAGUGGUGGCACGUUACCAUCUGAAGCCCAACAGUAUGGUGCAUGGAUCAGAGCUUUACCAUUUGUGCGAUCAAAAAGAAGCUCCGUCUCUGUUCUGGGUUUCUACAAGCAAACGACUACAAGUUCAAGUACACCGACUACAGCAAAGCAGCAUGAAAAACCAAGGGUGAUGAUUCGGCGAGGGGGUCCGGUGCCGGAAAUUAUCAGGUCCGGUACAGAGAAGGAGACGCCAAAUCAGGAAGGAAAUAAAUCUCCUGAUUUUCAGGAGACAAAUCCGGUAGAAUCCAUGCCUUUCCAUACAGACUCCCACGUGGAUAUUGAAGUCAAUGCUGGUAAUACGGAUCAGAUUAAAGGGAGCCUAUCUGCUGAGUUGUUUGAAGAGAAAUUAGAGGAGAUUAAUCGAGAAUUGAGCAAAUUUGACACGGCAACUGAAUUUUAG